AUGGAUAUUGAAUUGUUAAGCUUGGAGUAUAAUAACAUCGAGAAAAUCGAACGUGGUGUCUUCAAUAACCUCGACUAUUUAGAGAAACUAGAUUUGAGAGGUAACCGAAUAAAAAACUCUGAGGAUGGUGCUUUCUUAUUCCUCCCAAGCAUAACUGGAAUCACCCUCAAAGGCAAUAAGGAUUUGAUGUGUGGAUGUCACCUGCCAGCCUUGGUGAAAUAUAUGAGAAAUAACUAUAACAGAACUGUGAAUGUCAGUGGCGAGUGUCAGACAGAUCUCGGCAAAAGAAUACCAAUACCGAAAUAUUCGCAAUGUACAAAUUACUCGUUGUUUCAACGGAAUUUACAGUGUCAGACAUGUUCAGGGAUGAUGUGCAAUCAUUCAGGAGUGACAAACUGUCCAGGAGCAGAGCCUGUUUGUCGGUUGACUUUAUCAAUGAAUGGUGUUACACUGAGGUUUGAAAGGUCCUGCAGCACACGCAGAAAAUGUGUGGAAGCUAUGAGAAACAAUAGCCACAGAUGCAAGAAAUGGACCGAUGGCACUUCCUGUACUGGUUGUUGCGUCGGAAACUUGUGUAACAAGAAUGACAUCAUUAGGUCUUGUAAUGAAGACACAACCUCAAAUAAUGGUAUUUUCCAUUGGCCAGUGACGAAAAUAGGAAGCAGUGUAACGAUUCCAUGCCAUGCAAAUGUAGCAACGAGACUCUGUUCUUCCAGGACGGUGAAGCAUCCAGAAAUGGCAUCAAACCAAUCUAGGACAUCACUAAAAUGUUCACCAUUUACUGGUAUCUGGCAAGAACCAGACAUGUCACAAUGUUACAAUACUGAGGGGAUCACUCGACGACUAAAAGACAUCAGAAGCCAAGACAUUGAUCAAAGGAAUAUCGCCAAUAUUUCGAAAGAGGUAUUGAAUGUUUCGCAGAAAUCAGUGUAUUUCAAGCAACAAGAUAUUGACUUGGCUGUAGAUAUUCUCGAGAAAAUGUGCCAUUGA